CGCGGCGGGACACGUGCGUCCGCGACGCCCCGGACCUCCAGGCGUCCCCGCGCUGGCCGAGGGCGGGGCAGCCGCGCGGCACUCCCCUCCUCUCUUCUCCUCCCCGCCCGGCCUCCGGUUGGCCGCCGCACUCGGCCCAGGGCUCGCUGUGAGCUGCCGGCCGAGCCAUGGGCUGCGACGGUCGGGUGUCAGGGCUGCUCCGCCGCAACCUACAGCCCACGCUCACCUACUGGAGCGUCUUCUUCAGCUUCGGCCUGUGCAUCGCCUUCCUGGGGCCCACGCUGCUGGACCUGCGCUGCCAGACGCACAGCUCUCUGCCCCAGAUCUCCUGGGUCUUCUUCUCGCAGCAGCUCUGCCUCCUGCUGGGUAGCGCCCUCGGGGGUGUCUUCAAGAGGACCCUGGCCCAAUCAUUAUGGGCUCUCUUCACCUCUACCCUGGUCAUCUCCCUGGUGUUUGCUGUCAUCCCCCUCUGCCAUGAUGUGACGGUAUUGGCCUCGGUCAUAGCGCUGGCGGGCCUAGCCAUGGGCUGCAUCGACACCGUGGCCAACAUGCAGUUGGUGAGGAUAUACCAGAAGGACUCGGCCUUCUUCCUUCAGGUCCUUCAUUUCUUCGUGGGCCUUGGUGCUCUGCUGAGCCCCCUGAUCGCUGAUCCCUUCCUGUCAGAGGCCAACUGCUUUCCUGCUAAUAACACAGCCAAUGCCACCUCCAGAAGCCAUGUAUCCCGGGUCCUAAGCCAACAUCAUGCAGCAGCCCAGCCUUGGAUGAACCAGACGAUCCCCAGGCCGCCCCCAAAGGAUGUGACCGAGAACCACGUAUCCUAUGCUUUCUGGAUCAUGGCUCUCAUCAAUCUCCCAGUGCCUCUGGCUGUUCUAUUCCUGCUGUCGAAGGAGCGGCUGCUGACCUGCUCCCAGAGGAAGCCCCUGCUCCUGUCUGCAGACGAGCUUGCACUGGAGACCCGGCCUGCUGAAAAGGAAGACACUUCCUCACUUGCUCACAAGUUUCAGCCACACCCAGGGCAGGAGGACCUGUUCAGCUGCUGCCAGAGGAAGAACUUCCGGGGAGCCCCGUGCUCUUUCUUCGCCAUCCACAUCACAGCCGCUCUGGUCCUGUUCAUGACAGACGGGAUGAUGGGCGCUUAUUCAGCCUUUGUGUACAGCUAUGCUGUGGAGAAGCCGCUCUCUAUUGGACACAAGUCAGCUGGUUACCUCCCUAGCCUCUUCUGGGGUUUCAUCACUCUGGGCCGAUUCAUCUCCAUCCCAGUCUCCUCAAGAAUGAGGCCAGCCACCAUGGUGUUCAUCAAUGUGGUGGGAGUGGUGGUGACAUUCCUCCUGAUGCUUAUCCUCUCCUACAAUGUCAACUUCCUGUUUGUGGGGACAGCAAGCCUGGGGCUGUUUCUGAGUAGCACCUUCCCCAGUAUGCUUGCCUACACCGAGGACAUCCUCCAGUAUAAAGGUUGUGCGACCACGGUGCUGGUGACUGGGGCAGGAAUUGGUGAGAUGGUCCUGCAGAUGCUGGUUGGCUUGAUCUUUCAGGCCCAGGGCACUUACAGUUUCCUCGUCUGUGGCGUGAUCUUUGGCUGCCUGGCUUUUAUCUUCUACAUCUUGCUCCUGUUUUUCCACAGGAUACAUCCUGAACUCUCAUCAGGUGAAAACAUGACUCUGAUAGUGACAGGUUCCAAAGAGCACGGGACACACCAUCACCCAUGAGCAUCCCCGCCCCAAGAUGGAAAUGGCACCUUCGGGCAGAACAUACGACACUUCCUCAAGACAAAGGCAGUGACUGGGUAUCAUGGAAGACUGUGAUGUACUUCUUGUUUUGUUUACAGUACCAUGUGCAUAGGGUGGUGGGGUGGUACACACAGGUGCUGUGGCUACAGUGUGAGGUGAGAGCUCUGUGAAGGCAGCCUCUCCUCCAGCCUCUAUGUGGUUGCCGGCCAUCAAGCAGACUGCCAGACAAAUGCUUCAUCCACUGUGCUGUCUCAAAUAUUGUCAUAGCAAAAUAUUGUCAUAGCAAAAACAAACAAAAAUGUCUUUGUCCUCUAAGAGGCUAUCUGCAAUUGGUAGCCACUGGCAAAGGGAAAAUCAGUUUCUCCAUGAACUGUCCCUGUGAACAUAAACUAUACUCCAGGGCUCCAUAUCUAGGAGUGGCUGGCCAACACAGACAGACUCCAUGUUGUUUGUCGUUGUUACUGCUAUGCUUUCAUUUCAUUAUUCUAUCUUACUUUAUUUUUAGUUUGUUUUGAUUUUCGCUUCUUCAUUUUGUGUUGUUUUAAGGAGACAGAUAGAGACGCACACAUAUAUUAGAGAGGGGGAACUUGAAGUUGGAUGGGCAGAAAGUGAGGCAGAUCUGGGAGGAUUUGGGGGAAGAGAAAGAAUAUGAUCAAACUAUAUUGUAUUGAACUUUUUAAAUAAAUUUUUUCAAAAAAUAUGUAUUUGUGCUAACAGUGUAAAUACUAACUUUUUCCAGUCUACCUCAAAGGAGUGGAGAUGCUUUCCUUCAUGAUGCCCUGGCAUAGACCCUUAGGUUUAACCUCAGUGGUUUAAAAAAUUUCACAAAAGACAAACCCACAGGGGUGUUGGUCAGUUACAAAGUGAACUGUGAACCCUCAACAGUAAAUCCAGAGAAGCACAAGUGCUCACAGGGCCCUCCUCCUAGACAACAGCUGCCCCUGCUCCCUGAGAGCACCUGCAAAGGAGCCAGCUCCGGGCUACAGUUCUAAGUACAUCAUUAGGAAUGGCUCAAAGUUUCAGAGUAUUCUAAGACUCUGUUUCUUCUAGGGAGAAUUACUUCCCACAUAGGAAAAAGUAAAAAUAUAAUAUGGAACUUUCCUAACAGCUUGGUGGGGAGACAAUACAGAGUUCAUUUCCUAAGCUCUGGCUUAGCAGGAAAAGGCUGAUGAGGGUCAAUUAUGAGGUAACUGAUAACAACAGUCUCAGAACUUCCCUCUUUUAAAAAAAAAAAAAAAAAGUAGGAGCUGGAGAGAUGGCUCAGCAGUUAGGAGCACUAUCAGCUCUUCCAGAGAUCCUGAGUUUAAGUCCCAGAAACCACAUAGUGACUCGCAACCAUCUGUAAUGGGAUCUGAUGCUCUCUUCUGGCAUGCAGGUAUACAAGCAGACAGAGCACUAAUACUUAAAAAUAAAUCUUUUUUUUAAAAAGAAUUAAAAGAGGGAACCUACAAAUAAUUAAAUGGAAAUCUACUACUUUGCAAGCUAAUUAAAGAUGAUUUUUUAAAGAGUUUGAAUGAAGACACCUUGCAUCCUGGGUGGACGAUGCCGUUCCUAGAAGUCAUGAACAAUUAAACAAAUUCUAGUGCCAAGCAGGGGACAUGUCCUUAAGAACUGUUACUCAAGAGUUCUCAGAGGCCCUCACACAAUGCAGGCUAUUGCUACUGCUCCUGGUUGCCCACCAGUUGCUCAGAACUAUUCCUAAAGAUACCACGUACUUUGGUUCCAGGUCAGAGAAACCAAGCUGGAACUGACCUGGGAACUUCCUCCCUGCUAGCUAGCUUUCAUAAAGCUGAAACAUGGUGUGCAGGCCACUAGAAGAGACAAGCCAUCGGUAGCUCUACCUGGCAACGGGUCUCACAUGCUGAAGGACUGACUUGCCAGGCAACAUGUUCACGGGUGCUAAUGUCCCAUGAAUGUUACGGGAGUAACCAACCACUUUUCUAUUUAAGAUCUAAAGCCUGAUCCAUGGAAGGGAAUCCAUGCCUAGAACUGUAAACUUGGUCAAAAGCCCACAGCUCGGAGGUCACUGGCCUUAAGGGGACCUAUGAUUGUUUUGCUAAGUAGACAUACUAUCCAACAGCCUUCCAAACACUUACCUUUACACUCAGUGAUGAAUCCAGCUCUUGACCCUUAUAAGACAAGCUUUAUUUUUAAAAAUUAAGUGUCUAUGUGUGUAGGUUUGUAUGUGUGAGUGCAGGUCCCCAAAAAGGAUGAUGGGAACUGAACUCUGGUCCCCUGCAAGAGCAGUACGCACUCUUAACCACUGAGCCACUUCUCCAGCUCCAGAGAAUUAUUUGCAGUGAAUAAUGGUUAGUAUUGAGACUCACGACUGGUCAAGAGCAGUGGACAAGUGUUGGUGGCGUACACAGCUAUUAAUGGGACAUCUGUAUCACACAUACCCCAGGGCUCAGGGAAUGCUGUGGAAGAGGGAGCACAAAGAAUUUAAGGGCCAGAGGAUGGGGAACAGUGCUGUGAAAUUCUGUCUUCUCAAAGUGAUGUGUUCAGUUCAUACACUCACAGGAGCUGUGGUUACGCACACAAGAUCAAGGAAAUCAAGCAAGUCAACAUGCCAACAUGGGUACAGGAGAAACCCAUGAGGCCCGGUGCUAGCCGAGGAGCUAGGAUAGUUAACAGCUGUUGACUGGGGAGGAUCCGGUUUUCUUCAGUAUAGACCCACACUCACUCAUGCACAGGCAAGUAACCCUAACACCGCCACAAAAAUAAGGCAUGAAAGUCGGAGGGGGAAGUAUUGUAAGGGGUAGAGCUGAUGGGUUCUGAAGACAAGAGGAGGGAGAUAAACGAGGGGAACAGGUUGUGAAGGUACGUAACUCUAAUCCAUGUAUCCUCAUCAUGGCCGUGUGUGCACGCAUUGUGCAUGUACACAGACUUACAGUGGUUUAACAUACAUAGCACAAAAAAAGCCGUAUGCAAUCAACAGACACUGCGCCUUGAACGUCAGUGUUUUCCUGGGUUAGUGAUGCAGAAUGAAAAUCUCUUGCUAAGCUGGGCAGCAACUGGGAGUAGCAGGCCCCAGUCACCCACUGCACCAAAAGGAAAAUUAACCAGUACCUCACAAUGGACUGAGAAACACUCGUCAAAUGGGAGGUGUGCGACAAGGACGCUGGGCAGUGGGCUAUGACCUCUGCCCAUCCCCACAGUUAACAGGAGGCACACUGGGGUA